UUCUUGACGUGUUAUUUUAUUUUUACUGCUUUGUUUCGUAUCAGUUUCUCGCAUUUUACCGAGAAAAUCUCACGUCAUUUCCAAGAAAAAGCUGUGAUAAGAGAUGUUUCCUCCGGCUGACGACCCUCCCGAUCUAGGGAUCCCACCCAACCGCGGCCCUCUGCCCGUCAGGAGAAACCCUAACUCUAAACCUAACCCUCGCGUUCGUUCCGGCCAUCGACGCAAGGCCCGGCCGCAGGGGAUUCGGGGGGUCCGAGCUCACCGAGGCGCUCUAUUAUUACUUUGGGGGAUGGUACGAUCUUCUCAAGUUUGUGAAGAUUGUUCAGUAGGCUGGGAUGUAUUUGAUUCUCCGUAUUGGUCCAUUUGUUGCUGCAGAAUGGGAUUUCGGGCGGAGAAAAAGAUAGCUACCAUUCAUAAUGUUUUUGCUGUCAUAAGGGGAUCUGAAGAGCCUGAUCGCUAUGUCCUGCUUGGCAACCACAGAGAUGCAUGGACAUAUGGAGCUGUUGACCCCAAUAGUGGAACUGCAGUGCUACUUGACAUUGCUCGUAGAUAUGCUCUUAUGAUGCGUCAGGGGUGCAACCUUGGAGGACAAUGUUUCUAUGCAGUUGGAUGCAGAAGAGUUUGGGAUGGUAGCUAA